UUUUUCUGAACUGCUGACAGUUACUUGGCAUGUGAUAGCUUACAAUUGCUGAUUAACAUACCAGUGUUUUAUAUUUAACCCAAGGAGAGCAUGAGUAGAGAAACAGCACUGUUUCUGCCUCCUGUCAGAAGCUAGACUUUAGCCAGUGUGUUCCCUUUUCCUCUCUGCCUGCAACCUCCUCCCCUCCUUCUCAUACCCUUAGGAGAAGAAAAGCAGAGAAAGGUUUUAGUGUUUGUUUUUGGUAGUUAUCAUUUUAAGGAAACAUUUCAUAAACUUGCCACGGACCAGAUUUUGUUGGAGAACAGAGACCUUUUCAUGGACGGGUUUGAGGUAUUCUGUUCUGGGCAGAUUUUGUUUGAAAUCAAAGCGCUUUCAGAGCAGUGAACAACUUCUCAAGACGGAAAGCAGUCAUGCAGAACCUGGAGUGUGAUGGUGAGUGUAAGAAGAAAUACUGCAUGAGGGGUAAGCAUGUGGCUAUCAUAUGUGGAGUUGUAGCAGCAGCAGCCCUUGCACUAGGUCUUGGUCUAGGACUCUCCAGACCUGAAACCUGCAAAGCUCCAGAGGAAAUUCCAAGCACGCCAAAACCAACAACAAGUCCUCCUGAACCUCCACCAGUGGAGCGAGGACCUUGCCAGCCGUCUAACAAUAGCAAUGGAGAAUGGAAAAAUUUCAGACUGCCUGACUAUAUUACCCCAAACCAUUAUGACCUGCACCUGGAACCAAACCUGGACACUGACAUUUACACAGGAAGAGUCAUCAUCUCUCUUCAACUUAAAAAAGAUACUAAAUAUCUAUGGCUUCACAUACGUGAGACGUUUGUGAGUGCUCCUCCCAAGCUUCAGAAGAAAUCAGGAGACAGUGUACACGAUGUUGCAUUGGUCCAGUGUUUUGAAUAUAAACCCCAGGAAUAUGUGGUGAUUGAAGCAAAGGAGAUGCUCUCCCACACUGCUGAAAAUGAGGAAUACCUGCUGACACUGGAUUUCCAAGGAUGGCUAAAUGGGUCGCUGGUUGGAUUUUAUAAGACCACUUACAUGGAGAAAGGAAAUUUAAAGAAGAUAGCUGCAACGGACCAUGAACCCACAGAUGCUCGGAAAUCAUUUCCUUGUUUUGAUGAGCCCAACAAAAAAGCAACUUAUAGCAUUUCCAUAACACAUGAUAGCUCCUACAAAGCUCUGUCCAAUAUGCCAGAAGAGAGUACCACACCCCUUCAGAAUGGCUUGACAAAAACAACUUUUCAGAUGUCUGUUCCAAUGAGUACUUACUUGGUAUGUUUCGCUGUCCAUCAGUUUGCUUAUGUGGAAAAGAUAUCCGCACAAGGAGUUCCUCUGCGAAUUUAUGUCCAGCCUGAGCAGAUACACACAGCAGAAUAUGCUGCCAAUGUAACCAAGGAAAUCUUCGACUAUUUUGAAAACUAUUUCAACAUGAACUACUCCCUUCCUAAACUAGACAAGAUUGCGAUCCCUGAUUUUGGCACAGGAGCCAUGGAAAAUUGGGGACUGAUCACCUACAGGGAAACCAAUUUGUUGUAUGACCAAAAUGAGUCAUCAUCAUACAACAAGCAAAGAGUAGCCAGUGUUAUUUCCCACGAGCUUGUUCAUCAGUGGUUCGGGAACAUAGUGACAAUGAAUUGGUGGGAUGAUCUGUGGCUUAAUGAAGGAUUUGCCAGUUUUUUUGAAUACAUUGGUGUCAACAAAGCUGAACCUGAUUGGCAAAUGCGUGAUAUAAUGCUCAUUGACGAUGUUUUACCAGUCAUGGUGGAUGAUGCCCUGCUUUCCUCUCACCCAAUUAUUGUGGAUGUGUCAAGUCCAGCUGAAAUUACAUCUGUGUUUGAUGGAAUAUCUUACAGCAAGGGAGCAUCAAUCCUGAGAAUGUUGGAGGACUGGAUGGGUCCAGAUAAGUUUCAGGAGGGAUGCCAGAAAUACUUGCAGACGUACCGUUUUCAGAAUGCAAAAACAACAGACUUCUGGAGAUCCCUAGCUGAGGUGAGUGGGAAACCAAUAGAAGAAGUAAUGGACACCUGGACUAAGCAAAUGGGAUAUCCUGUAUUACAUGUGGCACAGAGUUCACGUCUGAGUCAAAAACGUUUUCUGUUGGAUCCUCAAGCAGACCCCACCAAACCACCUUCAGCCCUAAAUUACACAUGGACAAUUCCUAUUCAGUGGUAUGCUUUGGGUGGUCAAAAGAAUGGAACUGGACUGUACAAUAGGACUGUGACAACUGAAUUUGUAUUGGAAGACUAUGACCAUGCUGUGGACGGACUUCUGAAAAUAAACAGACAUCACUUGGGAUUUUAUAGAGUGAACUAUGAAAUUCAGCAGUGGACCGAUAUAGCUCAACAGCUUCAAACUAAUCAUUUGGUUUCUUCCGCAGCUGACCGAGUAGGAUACAUUGAUGAUGUGUUUUCUCUUGGACGGGCAAAUCUUCUUGACUAUGGGAUUGCAUUUAAUUUGACUAAAUACCUCACAGCUGAAAUGGAUUACCUAGUAUGGGAUAGAGUGGCUACUUCUAUAUCAUAUGUGCGGGACAUGCUGAAGGAUAACACCAACAUUUAUGAUAAAUUCCAGGCUUAUUUCCGUCAACAAGUUAGGAACAUUUCCUCUCAGGAAGGAUGGGAAGACACAGGAACCCAAUUGGAAAGGUUACGACGUGAAACUGUUUUGGGAAUCGCUUGUCAGAUGGGAGACCAAGGUGCUUUGGAUCAGGCCACCGUGUUAUUUAAUAAGUGGCUAGAAGGUCAAAGUAUUCCAGUUAACCUGCGACUUUUGGUGUACCGAUAUGGAAUGAAAAAUUCUGGGAAUGAGGCCUCCUGGAAUUAUAUGUUUCAAAAAUACAUAGAAACACCACUUGCUCAGGAGAAGGACAAGCUGCUAUAUGGACUAGCAUCAGUGGAGAACAUCAGUCUGCUGGAAAAAUUCUUGAAAGCCAUCAGAAAUGAAAGUGUCGUCAGGAGCCAAGAUGUGUUUACCAUCAUUAGAUACAUUUCGUAUAACAAAUAUGGAAAAACAAUGGCCUGGGACUGGACAACACUGAACUGGGAAUAUCUGGUAAACAGAUUCACCAUUAAUGACAGGAAUUUGGGACGCUUAAUAACCAGAAUUUCAAAUACCUUUAACACUGAGCUUCAGCUGUGGCAGAUGCAGCACUUCUUUGAAAAGUAUCCCGAUGCUGGUGCAGGAGCAACACCGAGAAAACAGGCUCUUGAAACUGUAAGGAACAACAUUGAAUGGAUUAAAGAGAACAGAGAUGAAAUAUACACCUGGCUGAACAACAAUGUUUUAUAGAAUUUGCUGAGGCAGUAUGUACAUUAAUGGGAUCCUUUAAAAACUUCCCUGUGAGAAUGACAUUUCAAGAUUUUAUUAUUGAUUGUAGUGCACAUGCAGAACUAGAAUAGGACAAUAUGGUAUAAGAUGUAAAAUUCCUUUUGCAAGAGCUCUGCUUUUUGGUAAUGACGCAUGUGCAGUUUUUCAUUUAAUUCUACUUCAUUUUUGCUAGUGAUCAAAGUUAAAUAGGGAUUUAUUUAUUAAGAUUUCUCAAUUGUUCUGAAUAUUAUCAAGAAAAAUGCAAAUCAAACGAUUUUACAACAGUGGUUCUCCAUCUUUGUCCUGACGGAUCUCAUGUGUUUGUUCCAGUUAAGUUCCCAAUCCAUCAGUUUCAAUUUUGUCUUAUAGAAUUGUCAAAUUAAUUUUAGCCUCUUAAAAUAUUAAAUGGUACUUAUACUUGGGAGUUGUUCACAAGCAGUUCAAAGCUCCCAUUACUCUGGCUUGUUACCUGAAAUACAAGUAAUUGACCCUCGACAGAAUCAACAAAGGACUCCUCGUCACAAUCUUUGGUUCAUUUUCUCUAUAUGAUUCUUUAAAUCAUUUUUUCACAAUCUUGAAAAUAAAUGAGAAAUAAAGUCUUGAGAGAAUCAUUA